AUGUCUUUGGGCGAUGCGGCCCUGCAAGCAAAGCUUACUGUCAUUGAUUUUACGGCAACGUGGUGUGGCCCAUGCAGAGCCAUCGCUCCAAUGUUUGAAGCUUUGAGUAAAGAGAUCGACGAUGUAGUAUUUGUGAAGUGCGACGUGGAUGAAGCUCCGGGAAUUGCCCAAAGGUUCUCUGUCAGUGCAAUGCCGACUUUUGUUUUUGUCAAGGCUGGUGCAGUAGUGGAUAGAUUGCAAGGCGCUAAUCCUCAAAGACUUCGUGAGUUGAUUGAAGAGCACAUGUAA